CAAUCUAGCUACACCAGGCAGAAAUACUGUAGGAAGCAAUCACACCAUGGAAGGCAGCGGUGACCACGAAGCUCUCAUGGCUGCACUGAUGGCCAACAGGCAGCUGCUAGAAGCCAAAGUAGCCAUCAACAACGCGAUACUCACCGCCAACGACGUACCCACCUCGCCGCCCGGCGAUUUCUUCGUCGUCGGCGAGUGUGACGGGCAGAAGACCAUAGACGGCGAGCAGGUGCCGCUGGUCCUGACCCCGGCAAUGGAAGGCGGCACCGGGCACGAGGCGCUCGUGGCCGCUCUGCAGGCCGAGAGGGAGUGGCUGGAGGGCAAGGUGGUCGCCAACAGCGCCGUGCUGCUGCGCGGCUUCGGCGUCCGCGACGCAGCGGAGUUCGACGCCGCCGUGGAGGCGCUCGGUUGGCCGGACAUCCGGUACGUCGGCCCCGCGCCGCGCACACACGUCCACGGCCGCGUCUGGACCGCCAACGAGGGGCCCCUCGAGCAGAGCGUCUACUUCCACCACGAGAUGGUGCUGAUCAAGGAGUUCCCGGAGAAGGUGAUACUAUUCUGCGAGGUGCCGCCGCCUGAGGGCGGGGAGACGCCGUUCGUGCCGAGCUUCCGGGUGACUGAGCGGGCGAUGGAGGAGUUCCCGGAGAUGGUGGAGGAGCUUGUUGUCAAGGGGCUGCGGUACACGUUCACGGCCCCGAGCAACAACAACACGGGGUCCAUGAGAGGCAGAGGAUGGGAGGACGCUUUCGCCACGUCAGACAAGGCUGAAGCAGAGAAGAGGGCAAAGGCACUAGGGAUGGACGUUGAGUGGCUCCUGGACGGCGGCGUGAAGACGAUCCUGGGUCCCCGUCCGCUGACGCGCGUCUUCCCAGGACGCAAGGGCCGGAGGAUGUGGUUCAACACGGUGGUCGGGAUGCACGGCAAGGAGCUGAGCUCGGCCACGGCGGCUGACGGGUCCGAGAUCCCGGCGAGCUUUGUGCAGCGGUGCGAGCAGAUCAUUGAGGAGGAGAGCAUCCAGUUCCGGUGGCGCAAGGGCGACAUCCUCAUCCUCGACAACCUCGCCACGCUCCAUGGCCGGCGGCCGUCGUUGCCUCCCAGGCGUGUCCUCGUUGCGACCUGCAAAUGA